CGCUGUUCAGCCCUGCUCGGUCUCGAUGUUCAAAAUUUCAAAACAAAGCCAUGAAUGAGAAAAAUGUGUUUUAAUUUUAAAAUCAUUUGAGUGUUUUAACCUGGAACUUUUCAAGCCGAUUAUUGUUUUCCUAAAUAAGGAUUCAACACAAUGCCCAAGAAAAAAAAUAGUCGACAAAAACAUCAGAAAGAUGUUUCAUUUGCUGAAACUUCUGAGGAGGAGUUGAACAGUGGAAAUGUUCAAAUCAAUGGGAAAGUCUGCUCUCAUUUGUCCAGAGGUAUCAACUUCGGGCGCAUUAAAAAGACUUUGAAAACAGGCAGUAAUCUUGCUUUGUGCAAUACUUGUGAUACUCCUAUUUCUGAUCCUGACAAUGCUGCUGAAGUAUGGCUUUGCAUCCAGUGUGGAUAUCGUGGUUGUGGUAGGAUGUCAGAAAAUAAGCAUGCUCUUCAGCAUUAUAAAACUAUCCACUCUGACUGCCAUGCACUUGUUUUAAGUACUUCAUCUGGAAUAGUUUGGUGCUAUGAUUGUGAUAAUGACAUUCCUUUACAAUCAUCUUCUAAUUUAAAGCAAUGCGUAGAAUUUGUAAUGAAAUUAAGAAGUUGCAAUAAAGUUGAGGCAGAUAAAGUUUCUGAAGCAUCAAACUCUGCCAUAAAGAAAGAAUCAGAUCUUAUGAACUCUGAAAGUUGUAGCAAAUCUUCAAAUGAAGAAUUGAAAGACUCCAAAAAGAAAAAUACUGAUAUUGUGAAAAAAGAAGCUGCUGUUCAUAAAAAAACUGUAAAGGGCUUACGGAAUUUAGGAAACACUUGUUUUUUCAAUGCUGUUAUGCAGAAUUUAAGCCAAACUCAUCUGUUGUUCCAUGAAUUAGAGCAAUGCUGUUCUCCUACAUAUCUUUGGGAGGUUCCUAAACUUGUCUGUACUGAUGAUGGAAUUGUAGAAGACACAGAUUCUAGUCAUAUGAAAUUGUCUUUGCCACGUCAGUUUUCCCUUGUAAAUAGUUUGUUAAAUUUUUUAAAGCAAAUGUAUGCACCAGUGGUUUCUAAGGUUGAAGUGAUUAAUCCUAACACUUUGUUUGGAGAAAUUCAAAAGAGGUCACCCCAAUAUAGUCACUUCCAAGAACAAGAUAGUCAUGAAUUGCUGAGGCAGCUUCUAGAUGGUGUACGACAAGAAGAGAUAAAAAGGCAGAGAAAAGCUCUUCUAAAGGUUUUUAAUUUGGAAAAUGUUCCUCCUGAUGAAGUUGAUAAAUCAACAAAAAAAUUAUUUAAAGAAUAUGGACGGUAUGCUGGACAUACUAUUGUCGAAAGGAUAUUUGGCGGUCUUCUUGUCAGUACCGUUUUGUGUGAGGAGUGCAAUGCAGUCUCUCAGGUGGUUGAACCUUUUAUGGAUUUGUCUUUACCAUUAUUUGAAGAAAAGCCUUCAAGAGGUCGGAAGUCUGAAAUUGAUGCCGAUGAAACUAUUGCAGAAGAAUAUGUCCUUAAUAAGCCAAAAUCCGACCCAGAAAAGCCUAGCAAAUAUCAAGAAAGGAAGAUGAAACAAUUAGCAAAAAAAGAAAAAAAAAAAGGCAAGAAUGUGAAAAACAAAAGAAAUUCAGAUUCUGGAAUAGCUACGAUAUCUGAUGAAACAAAAAAUGCGUCAGAAAAUGCUUCCAAUGAGGAAACUAAUACGUGCCAUGAUUUAUUAUAUGAAGAAAGUGAAAAAUUUGAUAAAACAGAUGGGAUCCUUAUAAAUCCGGAAAAUGGGGAGCCUGCUAUGCAGUCGCCUCUAGCCAAUGUAAGUGAAGCUGGUUCUGAAUCAUCUCUCAAAGAAACAGACGAGGAAGAUCCAGUUGAAAAGAAUAAAACUGAUGACAAGAAAAAUGAUGGCACUUGUGAAAAAACUGAAAAACCAGUCUCCAAAGAAGUUGGUUUUGGAAAAGACGGAAAAUCCUCUGUGAGUGAUAAGAAAAAUAGUGGAGAUAAGGACAAGGUCAACUCGGAAGAAAAAUUCGAAAAUUUUCAUGAAAAAGUAAAUGGGGAAGCUCCCGAGAAAAAGUGUUGUGGAGAAGAUGAGGUAGAGACAAUUCAGGAAGGACCUUCAGACUGUCUGGAAAAAGCAGAUGUUGAAAAUUCUGAAAAAAUUCAGCGCCAGCAUUCUGCAUCUAAUGGCAAACCUGAUAAUGAGCUUAUCUCAAAAUUUUCUAUGUUGUUAAAUGAAGAAAAAACUGAAGAACUGAGAAACUCUCCAGACCAAGUGAUUAAUAAUUCAAAAAAUGAUAAUGAAUCUGAGGAAGACACUUUUGUAAAAGAUAAUAACAAUUCGUCUGAUAAAGUUUUAGAUUUGAAAGCAGACACUCAAAUUCCUGCAAUAGAAGUAUCAAGUAAUCAGUGCCCUAAUGGCAGUUUAGAAAUUUCCCAAGAAUGUGAUGAUAGCCUUAAUAUUUCAAACCUGGAUGAACGAAUGCAAGUGUUAAGCAUGCAAGCUAAGGAAGUCAGAAUCCGGCAUGACAGUGACAAACAAGAUGAUAUUUUGAAUUCGUCAGAAACUGUAUGUGAUGCUGGAAAUGGCCCUGUAAAUUGCAACUCACAUAAAACUAUAGAAAAACAUUUAGACAGUAAUGGAAACACGGAAAACUGGUCACAUACACUAACAGAAAACGAAACUAAGGACUGGCUUCAAAAAUCACUCUCAACUCUUAAACCUCGAAGUCACUUUUCUCCCAAUGAAUGCUCAAUCAAUUCUUGUCUGAAUCAUUUUACCAAACCUGAACUGCUAACCGGCAGCAAUAAGUUUCGGUGUGAAAACUGCACAAAAAUCAAGUGUGAUAAAACAGGAAAUGCAAAAGAAGUUGUGUAUGCCAAUGCUAGCAAGCAGCUCUUGAUAUUUAGUCCUCCUGCUAUUUUAACUCUGCAUUUGAAAAGAUUUCAACAGGUUGGAAUGAAUUUAAGAAAAAACAAUAAAUUUGUUGAAUUUCCUUUAUUACUAAACUUGGCACCAUUCUGCAGCUCAGCCUGUUUGGUACUUCCUCAUAUGGCUAAUGUUCAGGAUGAAAUAUUAUAUUCACUAUAUGGACUGGUUGAACAUAGUGGAAGGUUAACAAGUGGACAUUAUACUGCAUACAUAAAAGCUAAUCAAAGGACUUGUAAAUCUUUAACAAAAGCAUUUGAAAAUCAUUGCCCUUUAGCUCAAUGUGAUUUUAAAAUACUGUUACAUAAACUUUAUCAGUUUAAGUCUUCAAUUUGUGAACCACCAGAAAGUAUAGAUAAUAGUGAGGACUCUAAAUGGUAUUAUAUUAGUGAUAGUCAUGUAAAAGAAGUUACAGAAUCAAGUGUUUUAAAUUCACAAGCGUAUUUGCUGUUCUAUGAACGCAUAAAAUAAAUUUUGUUGGAAAUUUUUAUUCAAUAUUAUCAUACUAGAGCUUUUUUAUACUUUGUAAAUAUUGCAAUGGUAAAAUAUUUUUCUAAUUUUUAAACACAGCUAAAAAGAAAUCAUUUACGAAAAUUGUAGAA